AGUGGUCUUGCUACUUUUGCAGUGACCCUAUCCUUCUGCCCCUCGUCUGCUCUCCUAGACCCUUCUGCAGGGUAAAUCUGGGUCCUGCUGAGUAAGGCUGCACCCAGCGAGGCUUGAGUCUGAGCCUGGCUGUGUGGAUGCUGUGGGCAGUGUGUUUUCCCACUGCUAGGUGAGAGCUGUGGGCAUGCUGAAGUAUGGUGAGGCAAACUUAUUUCAGAAAAGCUUAGGGUGAAGUUUACAAGGAAGGGAAAAGCAAGGAAGCUGUGUUAGAAGAAUUCAAUGCUCCUCAUUUUAGUAUUUUCAGUAUAUGUGAGCAGUAGCUCUUCAUCUGGAUCUUGCUCGCUCUCCUCUGUAUUUGUGUAAUAGUAUUUGUGUAAUAUUAUUGCAAGAGCUCACCAGUCAAGAUGGCAGAUGUUAAGUUUGAUUGUUUGGAACAGAUGAGGAAAUCUGCUUUUGUAAUGAAGGUUUCAGGCCACAGGAGUGGGAAGCAAAUGCAACAGCUGCAGAGGACGGGGAAAGAACACGCUCAGAAAGGUGUGAAGCAAGCAAAUGAUGAACGUGGCACGCCAGGGUUGGAAAUGGUUCCUGGUACACCUCUGCCCAGGGUGUGUGUCAGCUGCUAUGCUGUAAAUACCAGGGCUUGGUUUUUUUCUUUCGCAGAGACAGGCUCAGCGUGCAUUAGAGGACGCUGACUGGUUCCGUGUUGCACGUGUAUUGCUGUGCGUGGUAGCGUGUGCUUGCUGCCUGGCCUGAUGUCAAGCUAAACAGAGCAGACAAUUCCUAAGCAGUUGGGUUUUGUUUGUUUGGUUGGUUAGGUUUUUGAUUUUUUUUUUUUUUUCAGUGGAGACACUAAUUUGGUUUUCUCAACUUAGCUGUUCCUUCUUCCUCUGCACCCCCCAGUCUUUCAAAAGCUUCAUAACAGGAGCUGUUAAUUGGUCGGUGGCAUCAGAAUUUCUCUUCGGGAAGAGAAUGAUACAGACACAUUAUCGCUAGGCAAGCACUGAGAGAGGGAGGUUGCUUAGAGUACAGAACUAGAAUGAACAUGAGGCUGGGAGAUGUGAGGAAAGGAAGUUCCCAUUCUAUGUUUCUGUUCAGUUCAGGAAAAGAGAACUUGCUUACAUGCAUUAUAAAUAAACAAGGUAGGUUUUUGCCUCCUACUGUCAUCUGUUGUUGGGACCUGAAGAUUGAUGAGCUGUUUAGGUUGCAUAGAUAAAGAACUGGAAUGGGACUUGGGAACUUCAAAUUCUGUUCCUGGAUCUGUUCAUAGCUUGUCUGUGACUCUCAGGAACUUGCUUUAGCUCUCUGGGCCUAAUCAACCCUGACGUUCACUUUUCAAAAGAGCUUUAAGAUUGACUAAUGAAAUCCAAGAUGUAUAUGGCAGCUAUGACUGUUUCUGUUCUGUUCUCUCCCUGUCCCCUGCAUUUUCUUCCCACUGCUAUGGCCUGAACGCUUCAUUAGCAAAGCAGGUUUUCUGAGCUGACUAACCACCUCUGUCAUCUCUACCAGUGAGGUGUUGCUAUAGUAUUUGUCAGAUAAUAAUGAGCAAGGCUUGCAUAAUAAUGAGAGGUGCUGCUCACAUAUACUGAAGAUUUUGGACCAAGCAAAACUGAUUUCCCCCCAAAUAACCUGCUUGCAAAAAGCUUCUCUGUAAACACCCGCCUAUAUCUGCUUGAUCUCACAAAUACUUUGUUUGUAUUUUGGUCCUUUAAUUCACAAUUUGUGCACAUUAACUGAGUUCAUUUAAAUGCUAUCACUUCUGCAUUACAAUGAAUUGUAACAUCCAUCGCUUUAACUCUUCCUGCUAGUAAUAAGGUACCUGGUCAUCCCAAAGUAAAACCAGAUAGUAUAUGUAAUCUUAGAGAGAUUUACCAAGGUUGAUCAACACAGCAUUUUUACUGAUUUGUUCAUUUUCAGCCAUUUUCUGAGGGUGUAGCAGGCUGAGACUGUGCAUCACUGACAUGCUGUGAGAGCAGGGUUACUAAAAGCUAGAGUCCUAGCUAACAGGGAGGAAAAUAUUGUUGUAAACAUUCCUCAUCUUGUUUUUCCAUUGUUUUUGAUGGGGUUGUGGGGUUUUUUUUUUUGUUUGUGGGGUUUUUUUUUGUUUGUUUGGGGUUUUUUUUUGUAUUGUAGUGCUACUUAGGUGAAAGCAAUGCAGACGUUACACUGGUGCUGUGGUGCUGUAUAUUGUAAAGGUGUGGGAGCUACAAAAGUCUAGCACCCUUUCAGUCUCGCUGGUUUGUGAAGUGCUGUAGAAUCUUGUCAGCGCUCCGCAGUCAGCUGCAGAGGAACUGAAGAGGCACACGAAUUUCAUAGGCUAAACCAUAGUUCAUCAGGUCAGUUACCCUCUUAUUUCUGCCAUUUCCUAAUGUUUGACUCUUUGCAGCUUCAGCAUUCUUUUCGACAGUUUUUCAGUUUAGUUUAUAUUCUUUCUUGCACCUUAUUUUCUCAGCAAAUCUGAAGCUUGAAGUUCACUGGUAAGAUGAGUGUAUCAAAUGAAGUUCUGCAGCCAGGGAUCCGGCAAUAUUGAAAUACUUUCAUAAAUAACUUGUUUGAUAGAUGUAAGGGUGUGCUUAUAUGGCUCAGCUUUGUGUGUGAAUGACCUCCUUCAGCUGUUAUUUUUAAAAGAGCAUCUACUGGCUUCUGCCAUGGGUCAGGCCCCUGCACUUAAUUAAAAUUGGGUUUUGCUACAAAGAACACGAUAAUUUAAAAAAUGCAGAGAGUAUGUAGUGAAAAGAACUCUGGCAGUAGAAGAAAACGUAACAUUGAAACAAUGGGAUACUGUAAGUUAAGCAGAAGUUGCAGCACAGUAUUAGGUGUGCAGUUUGCAUGUGGAAUAUUUCAGUAUCUGAGAAAAGCCUGCCCAUCUUCCAUCACAAUUAUUACACUGCUGACUGUUCCAUUUGUUUCCUGACCCAUACAGCUCUAAACGUGGAACUUCUCUUCCGUGUGCUUGCAAUUAGUUCUUAAGAAAUUUGCUCAGGCUCCAUGGUUCCACUUCACAAAUUUGUCUGCUGAAUUACCUGAAGGAAAACUGUUUCUUCUUAUUGUCAUAGCAUGUUGGAAGAGAAAAGCUUGUUGCACAAGAUCCAAUGAAUAAACUUUCCUAGUAGUCUGGAAGGGUAAAAGGGGGUCAAAAGAGAAGGUGAUGAGAUACCCGUUAAUCCUGGUUAUGACAAGAACCCUUUCAGAAGUGGAUGCUUCAGAGCAGAAUAGAGUAGCUUCAGGUGGUACAUCCACAGCUGUUGCUUCCCAAGUCUCUUGUAAAACAGAAGUGACCUGCUGUCAGGCAGUGAGGCUCUUAUACUCUUGGUCAUGUCUUCUGACUGUGCAGCUCCUGAAGUCACCAUGGCUGCAUAGGUGCUUUCCUCAGGAGCUGACUUCAUGCCCUAUCCUUGGAAACCUCAGGCAGGUGAGGUUUAGUGCAGCCUAUGACAUCCUCCCUACAACGAGGUUCAUAUGAAAUUAUUACCUUGAGCUAGAAUGGUCAUCUGCUAUAACUGCCUGAAAACAGGUUUGUGCUGGGUACUGUAGACCUGAGAUUCAAUUCUUAAGACUCUAAAAGCAGGGAGAAAUAAUGGUGUUCUUCCCUCCCUGGUCCCAUCUCGCCUGUUAGGAAAGGACGAAGCACACUAUAGUGAGCUGAAUCGCUGCCCUUCUGUACAGCUGUGCCUGUGGUGCUCACCCACCUGCGGGGAGGUGCUAUGGAACAGGAGCCAACCUGUUAUGCUGCGGAAUGCAUGGGGCAGUGUAUCGUGUGACGUUGCAUCUGAAUUUACUCUGACGUGGCACCACAGUGUCACUCACCUUGUUGCAUGGGCAGAUUGAAGCAAAAAACAUAUGCAGCUCUUAAGAAUUCUCACUUACCCCGUUAUUUAGCAAAAGAUAAUACUUAUAGUUGCUGAAUGUGCAAUAGCAAAAUGUGGCGAAUGAGAACGCAGCCCUUUUUCCCUGCUCACAGGGGGGGAAAUCCAAUGGAAUUGAAGCAGAGGCAUAGGUCAGACCUGAUGUCCUCGGUGCAGAAAUUAGUUCUGUAGGAAUUGCUGGUUUGUUUUUUUUGGGGAGGGAGGCAUUGUUUUGUAUGUGGUUUUGUGUGUGUGUGUGUUUUUAAAUAGGAAAUUGUGCUUUAAAAUAUUUUGGAAAACCUGGAAAGAAAAAUCUUCAUGAUACUGGCUGCUUGUCUCAUUUCUAGAGCGAACCGAAGACUGAUGAUGAAAAUGUGCCAUGAAGAAGUAUUUCUGUUUUCAAGUUUCUUUUUCUGCUUGGGUUUUCAGGAAGAAGCUGGCAGUGCUAAAUGUGUCCCUGAGUCCUUCAGAUAAAAAAACAAAUUUAAAAAAAGCGCAGAAAACCCCAGCUGUCAUACCUGGACAGAAAUGUGGGAUGAGGAAGAUAAGGCCCUCCGUAUGAAAGUGUGGGUAUAGGAAAUGUCCAGCUGAUAUGCCCUUACUUCUCAGGGCCUGAAAAACUGAAAAGUCCUUGACUUAGUUGUUGCUUGGUAGUUUUUAUACUAAACCCAUGAACGUGUUAUCAACAUUGUUCUCACACUAAAUCCAAAACACAGCAUUGUACCAGCUACUAAGAAGAAAAUUAACUCUAUCCCAGCUGAAACCAGGGCAGAUCUGUUAAGCUUUUUGUCCAUAGUACCAGUGAUGUUUGAUUCUUCACUGUGCUGUUUGCAGUUCGCCUGUAUUGUUUACUGUGAAAACUCACAUUGCAAUGCUUCCUUGCUCUUAGUUCCCAAAUCUAUGUUUGCAACCACUCAUACAAGGCUUCUGACUGCUUCAUUUGCCUCUGCCCAGACAGUGCUACCCGCUGAGUGCCCCUGUUCUUGUCUGCGUACGCAGUACCUGGAAGGCAGCUGCAGCUUUGUAUCUGAGCUCUUGUUUGCAUGUAGUCAGUGCUUUGAGUGACAUAUUCUAUCAAACUGGUUGCGCAAAAGGAUAUUUCUGGAUGAGGUGCUUGCCUUCUAGCCUCUACUGGAUCUUAAAGGGAUGGUGGCUAUUAGCGUAUUGCAGCAUAGUGAUGUAUUAAAUACACUGGAGAAUGGGAACACUUCGUUUUCUGAGAUCAGGAGGCAUGGUAGGAAAGAAGGGAGGAGAAAAAUUCAGAAAGCUUAAAUAUAGCAGGGAAGACUUAAGAACAACAACAUAGGGUCAUUUCAACAGACUGAUUCAUAGCACUUUUCUCAGUGACAGAGUAGUUUGGAGGUGUGAAAUGAUAAGCGUAAUUCUCAUAUCCCUGGUUUUGAUUCUUCUGGGUGCACAGUUCCUGAAAAUGCAAUGGAAAAGUCGUGGAUUUCCUCCUGGACCAACCCCAUUUCCCAUCAUUGGAAGCAUGUGGUGGAUAAAUUUUAGAGCUGAUCAUGGCAGCCUGAAAAAGCUGGCAAAAAUCUACGGCAACAUCUGUGCCCUGUGGCUGGGUCACAGACGUGUGGUGGUGCAGUAUGGAUUCAAAGCUGUGAAGAAUGUUCUCGCCACCAACUCCGAGGAUGUUUCUGGGCGAGUACAGACCUAAGUCUUCAACAGAGUGGCAAAUGGAAAGGGUAUCCUGGUCUCAAAUGGUCUCAUCUGGAAACAGCAGAGACAUUUUGGAAUUGGAACUCUCAGAAAACUGGGAAUGGGGAAUAAAGGAAUGGAGCAUGGGAUACAAACCGAAGCCCGUUAUCUGGUUGGGUUCUUCAGGGACAAAAACGGAAGAGCUGACGACCCUUCCUUCCCCAUUGUUCAUGCUGUCUCUAAUGUGAUCUGUGCUGUGGUUUUUGGACAUCGUUUCUCCCUAGAGGAUAAAACUUUCCCCCAGCUGAUUGAAGCAUGCAAUUGUAUAGUGGCUUUUGGGAACAGCUACUUUUACUAUAUGUAUGAAAUUUUUCCACGGGCUUCAGAGUACCUCCCAGGACCUGCACAUAAAGCGGCAUAUUCCUCUGAUUUUGUUCAUUCUUUCAUAAGGCAGGAAAUUAAAAGCCACAGGGAAAGAGGCAUAAGAGAUGAACCACAAGAUUUCAUUGACUUUUACCUGGAUCAGAUAAAGAAAACUAAAAAUAUCACCAGUUCUACAUUUGAAGAAGACAACAUGGUGCAGUCUGUUUUUGACCUUUUCCUGGGUGGCUCAGAGACCACUGCCACCACUCUGCAUUGGGCUCUGCUCUUCAUGGUGGUUUAUCCUGACAUCCAAGAAAAAAUCCAGAAAGAACUAGAUGCUGUUCUGAGUCCCUCCCAUCUAAUCUGCUAUGAGGAUCGGAAGAAACUGCCUUAUACAAAUGCUGUGAUUCAUGAGAUCACGCGCUUUAGUAGCAUUAUUUUAAUUACACUUCCUAGAGAAGCAGUGAAGGAUACAACUGUUCUGGGGUACUUCCAAAGGAAAGGCACUAUAAUUGUGUUACACAUAGGCUCGGCUCUUUUUGACCCUGAGUACUGGGAGACACCUCACCAGUUCAACCCUGGUCAUUUCCUGGACAAGGAUGGAAAUUUUGUGACCCGAGAGGCCUUCAUAGCUUUCUCAGUGGGCAACCGUAGCUGUCUGGGAGAGGUGCUGGCGAAGAUGGAGCUUUUCAUCAUCUUCUGCAGCCUGCUGCAGACAUUCAAGUUCACUCUACCAGAAGGAGUUAAGGAAGUCAAUACAGACAUUGUCUUUGGGAGUACAAUGAAGCCCCAUCCGUAUGAGCUCUGUGAAGUUCUUCACUAGGUUGCAGGGUAUUACAGACUUGAGAAAGAGGCAUUCCCACGGCUUUGCUAGUGUGCUGAUCUUCUGUGCAGCUUUUACGUUUUUCAUUUCCAGCUCAAAUUCAGUGUGAAUCUAUCCUUGUUGUGUUAUGUCUAAGAAGCUGGCCCUGAAAAAUGCUUUGGUUUUCCUGUGUCUGAAAAAUCUCUGUACGUUUUUUUUCCUGCUGUAUUACAAAUGAAAUAAACACAGUAAAUCAU